CUCCCUUUCCCCACCAAUCACUAGAUCAACAUUCUCAUUCACUUCUUCUGAAAUCCAAUUCUUUCCUUCUUCCAAACUCUUCGAAAUGUCUGGACGUGGCAAGGGAGGCAAGGGUCUGGGAAAGGGCGGAGCCAAGAGGCACAGGAAGGUGUUGAGGGACAACAUUCAGGGCAUCACCAAGCCUGCGAUUCGAAGGCUCGCGAGGAGGGGCGGCGUGAAGAGAAUCUCGGGGCUCAUCUACGAGGAGACUCGCGGCGUUCUCAAGAUUUUUCUGGAAAAUGUGAUUCGUGAUGCAGUCACCUACACGGAGCACGCUAGGAGGAAGACGGUGACGGCGAUGGAUGUGGUGUAUGCUCUCAAGAGGCAAGGAAGGACUCUCUACGGCUUUGGCGGUUAGAUAUUUGUUGCAUGGAUGUCUUUGUUUGGAUCUGCAAUUGCUGAUUGUAGAUGAUGUUACUGGUCUCCUCUCUUUCUUCUUGUCUAUGUCUUUGAAGCUUUUGUAAUUCUUGUUCAGUGCCAGAAGUAAUAGAUCUGAAAGUUCUGCUGCUAAAGCGUUUGAUUUCA